ACCGAUAGAGGAAGAGACACCGUGGGUGCAGUUCACGUUAGCCUACGUUGCCGUUAGCAAGAUAGCCGACAAGUGGGUCCUAGUAUCUAGUUGUAAAACAAAAUUGUGUUUACUAAACCAGUGUUAGGAGUUGUAACCGAGGCUCUCCGACGACUGCUUCGCCAAGAUGAGCUUCCUGUUUGGCAGUCGCUCAUCCAAGACCUUCAAGCCGAAGAAGAACAUCCCAGAGGGCUCCCACCAGUAUGAGCUGCUGAAACACGCAGAGGCGACGCUGGGCAGUGGAAACUUGAGGCAGGCUGUCAUGCUGCCUGAGGGAGAGGAUCUCAAUGAGUGGAUUGCUGUCAACACGGUGGAUUUCUUCAACCAGAUCAACAUGCUGUACGGCACCAUCACCGAGUUCUGCACUGAGACCAGCUGCUCUGUGAUGUCUGCUGGACCAAGAUAUGAGUAUCACUGGGCUGAUGGCACCAAUAUUAAGAAGCCUAUCAAAUGCUCCGCGCCCAAGUACAUUGACUACCUGAUGACCUGGGUGCAGGAUCAACUGGAUGAUGAGACACUUUUUCCUUCCAAGAUUGGAGUUCCCUUUCCGAAGAACUUCAUGUCUGUGGCCAAAACCAUCUUGAAGCGCCUGUUCAGGGUUUACGCUCACAUCUACCACCAGCAUUUUGACUCUGUGAUGCAGCUGCAGGAGGAGGCCCACCUCAACACCUCCUUCAAGCACUUCAUUUUCUUUGUUCAGGAGUUCAACCUCAUCGACAGGCGAGAGCUUGCUCCCCUGCAGGACUUGAUUGAGAAGCUUGGAUCCAAGGACAGAUAGACCUUUCACCACACAGCUCCCUUUUUUAACAGUUUCUUUUUCUCCUUUGUCCUUCUUUGUGACCUCUGCUACCUCUAUGACUUCUAGUCUCAACUCUUAAAAUCUGUGCCUUUCUCCUUUCAUUUCAUGAAUGUGUGUACUGUACUUUUCCUUUUUAUUCCUUCUGUUGUCUUUUAUGCUGUCUUUGAGCCUUUUUUCCCAUUUUGCCACUCUAGAUCAUAUAAAAUAGGGUAGUGUAGGAAGAAUAUUUUUCACAGGACUGUGGUUAAUGUCUCUGUAAGAGCAACCUACUGAAUUUUGUAUUGGACCAAGGACAUUUCGAGGUUAAAGUGAAAACCAGCUUUUUUCCCUUCAGAAGUUGGUGAAUAGUACUUUGUUGGUCUAAACGCUUGUUAGCUAUUAAUAGGCAGGUUUCUUUUUGUUAACUUUUAGCUUUUGUAAUUACAUUGACUGACCAAAUAUCCAAAUCUUAGCUUUUUUAAAAUGUCUGUCAUUAGUGUACAGUGGAGAGUUUGUGGACGGUAUUUUCACUCUCACAUGAAGACAGACACAAAAAGGCACCAGUAUGUAGAAUACAGCUCUCACAAACUGGUUGUAUCUGAUAUCCCACGUAUGCUUCCUGUUGAUAUCCUCAUGCUGACACAGUCACAUGUGAAGAUAUGCAGUGGUGAACAAUUAUGACAUGCCUUUGUUCUUGCCCCAACAAAAAACACCACCAUCAACUGCAUUAUAGCUAUUUAAAUUUGGUUGUGCAAUAUUGUGUUUUGCACAUUUUUUGGCUGUUUUCCUUAUUAAAAUAGUAAAUUGCGAGUGCUUCCACUGAUGCUUCUAAUCUGCUCAAUAGUUAUUUUUCAUAGCCACUUAAAGCUUUUAUAAUCAUGAUUCCAUAAAGGAGUUGUAUAGUAGAAAUCAUCCUGUUAACAGCAAAAAAUAGUCUAAUGUGAAUUUUUAGUUUUACUGUCAUUUUAGUUAAUUUCUGUGGUGCAAAUGAAUUGUUGAGCCCUGCAUAUUUGAUUUAUUCAAUGCUGGUACUUCCCCCCCCCCUUUUUUACCAAAUAUUAACCCCCCACUGGAUCAGAAAAUAGAGUAAUAACUAUUGCACCUGUGCAUAAUAAGUCUGAGUGACCUGAGAUAUACUGUGUAAUUUUCCAUGAUGUCUUUGCAAGUCUUGGUGCAUGUUUCAUGGUCAUUUCGUGCUUUACACUGGCGACAACAGCAGGGCUGUUUGUACUGCCAUCCUUUUACAAACUAAUGCAGCUACUAUUCCUGAUGAAUGUUUCAUUUUGCGAACUUUGAACAAGGGAAUUGGUCCAUAAUCGUCGUCAUGUUGGACCUAAAUUCAUAUCAGACAAUUAUGUAACCAUUUAAGAGCUGUUAGAGAACUUGAUGCAUCACCGUGAACCAACGUGAGUGGGUGCAGUAGAGUGUUCAUUUUGUAAUGUACCGCUUUUUAAUGAAGUUGAAAACCUUUCAACAGUCUGAAAAAACAUGUUUAAUUCACUUUAACUGUGAUUUAUCCACUUUUUGGCCCACAAGUUGUCUGGAGGGAAAAACCAAACCAGCAACCAUUAACUAAAUCACCUGUAGGCAUAUCAAUAUAUUUUGCAAGACAGAAUUAUUUUAAAGAUUUUAUUUGAAUAUAUCGCUAGUUGUUUCUUUCAGUCUCAUCACAUAUUUUUGAAAUGUAUUGCUUUUUCUCACAAUUUUAUUUUUAAACAUUGGCAUGGAGUUACAUUUCAUAUUACAUUGUAAAAUAAAUUGUUGACUUUACCUUUUCAAUUAAGAAACAAGGGCUUUGAAAUGAAUUGAAAGUUUUAUAUAUUUACAAUAACUGUCCAAUCAUUGGGUGGUCAUUUUGACUGGGCGGCGGUGUGAGGAUGUAUGUACUGCAUCCGAAAAUUUGCUGUAAAUAAGAUCAGUGUUUUAUCUGAACAAAACUGUGCCUUACAAAAAUGAAAAUGUCAGACAUGGCAGUAUUGGUAGAUCAAAAACUCAAUAAACACUGAAAGGACAAUA